AUGUCCACCGGAGAUACUUCUCUAGAUGAGAAGAUCGAUCCCACCACAUCAAACACAACGACUAUCCAACUCCAACCGCAAUCCGAUACUCAGCAAUCAAGAGGUAGAGAGCGAUCCCAGUCUGAUUCUCAUUCUCGUCCUCGUCGAGAAGUAGAUCCAUUUCCUUUACAUCUUCACCUAUCUCGUUCUCAUUCCCACUAUCACCACCGUGGUGAAGAACAUUUACAUAGACCACCAACGAGGAACGAUGGUUUGGACAACUUCCCACCUCCUUUACCAGGUAUCGGACAUUCGGAAGAGUUGGAAAGGCGUUUAACUCGAGAUCCCGAUUUGGAGAGACAGAUGGGUGUGAAUGAUGAUGAGAUCGGACCUCCUCCAGAAGGUGGAAGGGAAGCUUGGUUAUGCGUUGCAAGUGCUUUUUUCGUACUGUUCUGUGUGUUCGGAUUUGUCACCGUAUUCGGUCAACUCAAAGUUUAUUACCUUGCCAACCAACUGAAAGAAUACUCUCAAUCUGACGUAGCCUGGAUAGCAAGUCUUCAGGUAUUCAUCACCUUUGGUGGUUCCAUCGUCGCAGGGAGAUUUUUCGACUCUCACGGAGCUAGGUCAUUGAUAAUGGUAGGAACGAGUCUGAGUGUAGCUGCUAUCAUCGCUAUGGCAUUCUGCAAGGAAUAUUACCAAUUCCUCCUCGCUCAUACUCUAUUCGGCAUAUCAGCAUCCAUGUUGUAUUCACCUUCUACGGCUGUAGUGGGUCAUUGGUUCAUGAGAAAACGAUCGACAGCAGUCGGAAUUGUGGUUUGUGGAAGUGGUCUGUCAGGUGUGAUUUACCCAAUUGCUCUAAAAAGAUUAUUCGACGAAUUGAAUUUCAGAGAUGCAAUGUUGAUCAUAGCAGGGAUGAAUGCCAUCCUGAUGUUCCCAGCGUGGUUCUUCCUUAAAGCUAGAUUACCACCUAGAUCACCGCCUCCUUUGAAGAGUCUAAAGGGUCCUUGGCUGGAAUCUAAAUAUACAUGUUUGGUCUUGGGUUCAUGCUUCGUGAUGAUGAACUGGCUAUCACCCUAUUUCGAUGCACCUACUUUGAUAUCAUCCAACAACAUCACCGGCCCCAUCGCCGAUUAUUCCAUUGCGAUACUCCAAGUGGGAUCAUUCUUCGGACGAGCCACUUCUGGUAUACUAGCGGACACGUUCGGUAUAUGGACAGUAUUCGUCUCUUCCAUCUUGGGAAGUUCCAUAUCCAUCCUAGCAUUUUGGGUCGCAUCCCCCAUCCCGGCCGGAGCAGUUGUAGUGGGUUUGGUAGGAUAUGGUUUUGCAAGUGGUGCAUGGAUUACGUUGGUGGCAGCUUCCACUGGGGCCAUCUCACCUACAAGGGAAUUCGGAAUGAGAUUGGGAAUGCUUUGGACAGUCACUUCUAUACCUAGUUUGAUAGGUCCUGUUAUUUGUGGUGUUCUGAUUUCUUCCAGCGGAGGUACCUUCAAAUCUGCAGGGUUGUUCAUAGGGUUCACUCAGUUCGCAGGAGCGUUCAUCACUGUCGCACCUAGGAUAUUGGAGAUUGUCAGGAAUUUCAAGCAGAAAAGGAAAGGUGUGAAGGGGAAAGAUAAAGAAAAGAACGGACAACCAGGAUUAUAA